AGCCUGGCAGUCCCAUCAUGAGACGAAGUCCUGACAUAACAAAAACUCGCACAGCAAAAUCUGAGCAGCUUUUGAGGAUAGGCAACCAUGACUUCACAAUGAGGCCUGGAUUUGGGGGACCUGCCAUUCCAGUCGGAGUAGAUGUUCAAAUUGAAAGCCUAGAUUCAAUUUCUGAAGUUGACAUGGACUUCACUGUGACCCUGUACCUGAGACACUACUGGAAAGACGAACGCCUCUCCUUCCCCAGUACUAACAACCAGAGCAUGACGUUUGACAGCCGUCUGGUGAAGAAGAUCUGGGUGCCUGACAUGUUCUUUGUCCAUUCCAAAAGGUCCUUCACCCAUGAUACCACCACUGACAAUGUCAUGCUGAGGGUGCAUCCUGAUGGCAAUGUGCUCUACAGCUUGAGGGUUACGGUUACUGCCAUGUGCAACAUGGACCUGAGCCGGUUUCCCCUAGACACACAGACUUGCUCCUUGGAGAUCGAGAGCUAUGCGUACACUGAUGAAGACCUGAUGCUUUACUGGAAGAAGGGCAACAAUUCACUCUCAACAGAUGAGAGGAUAUCGCUGUCCCAGUUUCUUAUCCAGAAGUUCCACACCACCACAAAACUGGCAUUCUACAGCAGCACCGGAUGGUACAAUCGUCUGUAUAUCACCUUCACCCUACGGCGACACAUCUUCUUCUUCCUGCUGCAGAUCUACUUCCCGGCCACACUGAUGGUCAUGUUGUCUUGGGUGUCCUUCUGGAUUGACCGCCGAGCCGUACCUGCCAGAGUUCCUCUGGGCAUCACCACGGUGCUCACCAUGUCCACCAUCAUCACUGGGGUCAAUGCCUCCAUGCCCAGAGUCUCCUACAUCAAAGCUGUGGACAUCUACCUCUGGGUCAGCUUCGUGUUUGUCUUCCUGUCCGUGAUAGAAUAUGCAGCUGUCAAUUACCUGACCACAGUACAGGAGCGUAGAGAGAGGAAGCUGCGAGACAGGCUACCCUGCACCUGUGGCCUUUCUCAUUCUGGCCAGAUAAUGAUGACUAGCAGCUACAAUGACGUGGACAUCAAUGCUACAGGAAACUAUGGUGCGACUGAAGACAGGAGGGAGAGGCUCUUGAUGCAGCUGGCACUAGAAGGCGACAGGACCUCAGAUCUGGUGAAAACCCGGAAUGGCUAUGCCACCCUUUUGAUUGAUACACACUCCAUAGACAAAUACUCUCGAGUCAUCUUCCCAGGUGCUUAUGCCCUUUUCAACAUCAUCUACUGGUCCAUCUACUCCUAA